AUGGAAGGUGAUGAAGGAAAAUGCAGUAAACUUGAUGGUGAGACUACGUCCAUUAUUAUAAACGACGGACCCACUGUUGAAGAAUUGAAAAUGAACAUAGAAGCGAAGCUUCUUACCCAUUCACCCUUGCUUUCUUCGUGCUGCAUCUUCAAAGUUCCUGAGAUGAUUCGGAGACAAAAGAAACAGGCCUAUGAACCCAACAUCGUCUCCAUCGGACCCUUCCACCGCAAUAAAAAAUUCCAACUCUUUGAAGAUGUGAAACGUUGGUAUUUACAUUGCCUUCUCGACUCAUCCAAGGAUGUACUGAGUUUGGAGAGCUUGAUCAAAGUCAUCAUGGAGUUGGCUAAAAGCGCCCGCGCCUGUUACGUAGCAGACCCGUUGGAUGGCGAUCUCGAUCAAAAAGACUUUGUAGAAAUGAUGAUACUUGACGGUUGCUUCUUGUUAGAACUAUUUCGAAAAGCACUAUUCUGUGAGCUACAAAAUGAAAACGACCCCGUUUUCAACGUUCCCUGCAUGCGGGACCAUCUGUACCAUGACCUUCUGCUGCUAGAAAAUCAGCUACCUUGGUCUGUGCUGGAGUAUUUGUACAACCUAACUGCCAAUAGCCCCAACCAAAAAGGCGCCUCCCUCACUUCACUUGUGCUCAACUUUUUCAAUCAAUCCCCUGUAGAUAACCUGAUAUUGAACGCCAGCUUUACGCUCCCCCCAUGUCAGAUUUUGCACAUACUUGAUCUGGCAAGAACCGUGAUGGUUAAUGGAUUCGAGGAGAAGUUGGAAGAGCAUGUGGAAAAGAAGCGGAAAAAUAAGGAACUAAACUUGCCUCAACGGAUCCCAAACGCAACAUCUCUUUCGAAGGCAGGCAUUCAUUUCAGAAAAAGCGAAAAAGAGGGAGAGGGAGGGUGCAUAAUGAACAUAGAGUUCAAAGACGGGGUUUUUAAAAUUCCGCAGCUGGGAAUUGAUGAGAGGACAGGACCACUGUUCAGGAACCUCAUCGCCUUUGAACAAUGCCACAACUAUCGCCCGCACAAGAUAACAUCCUACGCAGUUUUGAUGGAUAACCUCAUCGACUCCAAAGACGAUGUAGAAUAUCUUUGUGACAAAGAAAUAUUGGCCAAUUGGUUGAACCCGGACGAUGCUGCCCAAUUCUUCAACAAGCUUUACAAUGACACCACCGUCAUGGAGUAUUACUACAGUGAUCUCUCCGACAGUGUGAAUAACUAUUACAAGACUAAAUGGCACAGGUUUAUGGAAAUAUUGAGGCAUGACUAUUUUUCUACCCCAUGGAGAAUCAUCUCUUUCAUCGCUGCCUUUAUCCUCCUGGUCCUCACCCUAGUGCAGACCCUAUAUACUAUAAGGUGGCCUUAA